AUGUCGACUACACGGGAGUUCACUCGCCAAGAAGUAGCCCUCCGAAAUGGCAAAGAUGGCAAUCCGACGUGGAUUAUCAUCCGGGACAUGGUGUACGAUGUAACGGAGUAUUUGGAUGAGCAUCCCGGUGGAGGAGAAUUAAUAACUGAGUUCGCUGGAAAAGAUGGCACUCGCGAUUUCGAUGAUUUCGGGCACUCUGGUGGGGCAAUGGAUCUGCUGAAGAAAUUUAAGAUCGGUGAACUGAACCUGUGUGAACGAGCCAAAUUUCAAAAGAAGGGAUCCGAAUGGACUCCGGAUGGCGCAUGUGUUUUGCCGCAGAAGAAACGAAGCAAGCGGCGAAUGUUCAUCUUUUGCGGCUGA